CGGCCCGGCCAGGCCGCCUCGACGGCGCCCGACGCGCCGCCGCGCGCAUCCGGCGUCGACGCCGAGGUCGACGCGACGCCGUCGUACAUGAAGCCGACGCACCGGAGCGGCUACCGCUACAAGAUCGACAAAACGGACGGCAACUGGUACCGCUCCGACGAUCCAAGAAUGAGGCCCCUCGACCCGCGGGAGCGCGUCGCCGUCGCGGCGGCCGGCGACGCGUACGCCGCGGCCUGUCGGGCGCGCGCGCACUACCACGAGAUAGAACAGUACGGCACCUUCGCCCGGUCCGUGGCGCUGCUGACUCGGCGAGCGGCGGCGACGCUCGAACAAGAGGCCCGCGCGUCAAGCUUCCGCGACGCGGCCCUCGCGGCCCACGAGGCCGCGGGCCGCGCCACCCAGGCGUGGCGCGACGCGGCGCGGAGCUUUCCUCCGCCGAGUGUUAAAUGAAUCAUU